UGUAGAUAUUCUGUAGGAAUUAAAUUCGCUAUCAAAUUUCUCAAGGUCGUGCAAAAUAUUUUAGGUUUUAUGACAGUUUAUCAAACACAUUGUUAUCAAUUAUAACUGAUUAAAAAUAUAUGGAAAUAAUUUAUCUGUUGGUCACGCCUCUAAACAACAGUUCAUUCACAGAUGUGAAGGCGUGUACAUGUAUAUUGGAGUAGUGAAAAAAUAAUAUUUAUAUAUUAUUUACGUUUGGAAAAAGUGUUUAAAAUGUCAGUGUUAAAUAAUUUUACAGUGUCGAUAGCUAAGGGCUUGAGGCGUCUUCGACAAAGUAAGGAGCUUUGCGAUCGGGGCUCAGGUCUCACACGAAAACAGCACGGCUCCAAUGAACAACGUCUGAAAAUGCAGAAAUGUCUCAUCGUCUCCAAAGUUACCAGAUACGAAUAUGAAAAGCACAGCCAUGAUAAUAUAGAAGAUUCAAAGCUGGAGAAGAUCUUGAGGAAACGUGGAUCAGAUUAUGACGCAAUGAUCAGCACUCAUCGAGAACAGAAAGCGUUUGAGGAGAGUGUUGCCAGAAAUUUGAAAGAUAUGGGACUUGAAGUGGAAAUGGCUAGUAGAUUAACAUACAACGAAGAAUUAAUAAAUUGGUGCGACGUAGUGGUACCGUGUGGUGGGGAUGGAACGUUUCUUCUGGCAGCUUCUAGAGUUCGAGAUGCGAAUAAACCAGUCAUCGGCUUCAAUAGCGCUCCACACAAGUCAGUCGGUCGUCUCUGUCUGCCAACAUGGUGUUCAAACGACGUUAAGGGUGCGCUGCAGGCGUUGAAAGAGGGCAGGUUCACAUGGAUGAGGCGUUCCAGGAUAAGGACAACGAUUAAAUCUGAGCCGAAACUUCUGGACACAAUAACACCAGUUGACCUGCACACCUUGCAUUAUUGCAGGUAUCCCCCAGUAUCAAAUCCACACGACAGUCCAGAAAGGUCGAAUAGUCCGAACUUCAGUACUGAUGAGUCAAAUUCGACGCUAGCAACUAAAGUUCUACCGUUUCUAGCUUUAAAUGAGGUGUUCAUAGGCGAGAGUGUGACUUCUCGUGUGUCUCUGCUCCGGCUACAGAUCGACAACGGCCAGUGGACGCACACGAAGAGUUCCGGUCUGUGCGUCACUACCGGUACGGGCAGCACUUCGUGGCAUUACAGUAUAAAUUGCCUCCGAACCCACUCAGUACUGGAGCUGAUGAAGAUCCUCGGCGAGGAGUUCGACGUAAAGAUGGACAGCUCCUUGGAGAAGGCAAGAGAAGUGACCGAGAGAUAUAACCAGAAGUUGAUGUUUCCAGCUGACUCGGAGUACCUGGCGUACUCGGUGCGCGAGUACAUCACGUUCGAGGAGUGGCCGGCGCCGCGCGGGCUGCGCGUGCGCGACCGCGCGGCCGCCGUGCGCGUGCGCUCGCACUGCACCGACGCCGGCUUGGUCGUCGACGGCAGUGUGUCGUUUCCUUUCAACGAUGGAACGGAAGCGUUGCUCGAAAUCCACCCGGAAGAUUCACUCAUGACAGUACACAUGGAUGACAAAUUGCCGUAUUGAUAACAUACAUCGAAUUCAUUCGUAUUUCUCCUCACUUUCCCCCGGGUAACCGUUAUACAACGCGAUGAAGAGUAUAUUUUUUGGUGACCCAGAAUGAUGCCGUGAGUCUUGGUAGUUUAAUGAUGCGCAAGCGCAAAUAAUAUUUAAUGAAACGUUUAAAGCUUCGAUUAUAUGCUUUAAGUUUCUUUUUUGUAUAUUAUCGCAUUUAAGAUCGACACUGAGAGUGGUUUUUUUGCCUGGGUUACCAGUUAUAUCAAGUAUAGCUGAUACGGUGACCCAGGGCGCAUUUUGGGCUUGCUAUAAGAUUUAGCCUUUCAGUCUGCGUGAUGCACGGAUAGAGAAAUA